AUGAAAGCAAAGAAAUGCAGAGAACUGGGUAUCGAUGGGGAGCUUAUUGAAUUAGGCGAGCAUACCCGCACCGAUGAGCUACUCGCUCUUAUUGCACAACUCAAUCAUGAUAAUACAGUGCAUGGUAUUCUUGUACAAUUACCACUCCCUGCACAUGUGGAUACUGAGCGAAUACUUUCUGCUAUCAACCCAGAAAAAGAUGUUGAUGGACUGCAUGAAACAAAUAUAGGAAAACUGCAGAAAGAAAACACUGCAGUACCUAUCCCCUGCACCGCCUUAGCUGUGAUAGAAUUUUUAGAUAUUAUGACAUCCACACUCAAGGAAAGCACAUUGUUAUAA